AUGAAUGCCCCAGACAGAUUCGAGCUUUUUAUUUUACCAGAUGGUGUGUCGAAGAUCCGAAUAACGCCGGACUCUCGUGUGCCUAACUGUAUCAUUGUUAAGUUCGAAAGGGAGGACCACACUCUUGGUAACUUGCUUAGGCAGGAGUUGAUCAACGAUCCGAAGGUCAUUUUUGCCGCCUACAAAGUUCAGCAUCCAUUAUUCGCCAAUUUCCUAAUGAGGAUCCAGACUGAAGAAGAUUAUAAGCCUAGAACGGCUCUUAGAAAUGCCUGUACCAGGCUAAUUUUCAAACUGGGAGUCUUGAACGAGAAGUUCAAGAGAGAAUGGGAAUUGAAGUCCUUGUUGACUGCUACUGAAAAUGAGGAGGUGUUAUAA